UGAACGGUAUGUAAACAAAUAAAUCUGUUAAAAGUUACAAUAGAGUUUUACACAAAAUUCACACAAAUGUUGACGAAGAAUGAAAGAUUUUUUUAAUGUGCUUGUUUAUGCAAAAAUGCAAUAAUAUAACGCGAUAUGGAAACUAAGCGAUAAUUCAAACUUUUGUAUAAUAUGGACGAAUUGAAAAAGGCUGAACUGCAAAAAAGACGCAAACAAAGGAUAUUACAGGUACGGGAACAGUCAAAAGUUAUUGCUUCAGAAUUGCGUGACAAAGUCAAUUCUGAAAAGAAACGAAAAGCAGAAGAAUUUGCCAAAAUAAAAUGCAAGGAGUUGAGAGAAUGGCAGGAACAACAAUUAAGAGAUAUGAAAAACCAGUGCUCUAAAAAUUAUUGUGAUCUUGGUAAUGCUCAUAAAGCAGCUGAAGCUGAAGUUGAUCCACGAGAAGUUUUGAAGGAUAAUAAAACAAAACGAGAUAAUAUUGCUCAAGCAAGAGGAAAGGAAGCUAUGAAAAAUUUGAAAGAAGAAAUAAUACAAAAACAUUGCAAACAGAAAACAAAACAGAAAACUUUCAGAUCUGUUCCUACCUCAAAUGUACCCAAAAUAAAAAUCACACAUAUUAUUAAAAAAGUUAAGAAAUCUGCAAUAAAAGAUGACUGUGUUUGUUAUGAUGAUCCAGAAGUUGAAUUGGGCACAAUAAAUCUUGAUAAAAAUGCUUCUGAUCCUGUUGAAAACUCAUUGUUGAAAACAGAUGAUGAUCACAAUGGACAUUAUACAAAUUCCAUAUCUAACAAAAAUGGAGAAAAAGUUUCACAUACUCCUUACUUAUCUGAAUUGAGACACAAUGGUUGGUUUUGUCAAUGUUGCAAAAUGCAACGAGAUGUUGGUAUUCAAUGUUUAUGUCCUAAAACAUCAUAUGAGGAUGAUGAUAAAGAAACAUCAUCAGAUGCAAUCUCUCUUGAUAAAGACGGUUCUGAAGCAAAUAAUUAUUUCACACAAGUCAGUGAUAGAAUAAAAUCUAGAAAAAUCAUUGAUGUUCCAAGCUUAAAAGUAAAAUCAUCUGUAUAUAAUCCUCAGAACUUUUCAGAUAAUGUUUUACACAGAAACGACUCUGAUCUUUCAGAUGAUUUUUGUGAUAAAAUUAGACAACCAAAUCCAAGACGACAAAAUAUAAUUAGCAGUCCAAAUAAAGGAUGCAGAGAAAAAAGUCCUAUUGCAAAAAAAAUAAAUAUAAGCCAUGGAGAUUCAAGUCCAAUUAGAAAUCAACAUGAUAUAAAUCCUCAAGUUAGAAAACAUACAGAUAUUGGUUCACCUAAAAAGCAAAGGGGCGUAAAUCCAGAAUCUGAAGAAUAUAGAGCUAUAAGUCCUUUAACUGCAAUAUCAGCAAAAAUUCAUGAUGGCAUAAUAUGUGCUAAAAAUUGCUUGGAAGACAUUGAACCACAGGUUUUGGAAUUGCAGAAAAAUGUACAAAGCCUAGAAAAAUCUUUUUCAGAAAAGCCUGUGAUACCAAUUUCUCCAAUAAAAUCUGUUAAACACACCAAUUCCAGAAUCAGUUCAACCACAGCAGAUUUGCCAAAAGUGAAAUUAUAUGAUUGCAGCACAAAAUAUGAAGCACAUAUAGGCCAUCUUCAAAUCCGGUAG